UACCACGCCCAGCUCUUUCCUGACCUGACCUGGCCCAAGUAGCUUUCCGAGUGGCACAGGUGGGGUUUCCCACGUGACUUCUGAUCCAGCGUUCCCAACCUUGUCUAUUCAUUAGCGUCGCCGAAGUCACAUGUUACAAAUCAGAUUCCUGAGCUCCUCCCGAGUCCAGCCAGUUGGACUCUUGAGAGUCUGCUGUGGUCACAGCCCUGGAGCAGUUCCCAGCAGGGCCAGUACAAUCGCGCCGUCCCCUGUGCAGUCCCUUCCCGGAGCCUCUCACCGGCCUGCCGUGUGUGAGCCUCCCACCUUUCCUUGUGCCCUGGAGCAUUUUUGUACUCGGUUGAGCCAUGAUUCCGGUGACGGAGCUCCGCUAUUUUGCGGACACACAGCCAGCGUACCGGAUCCUGAAGCCAUGGUGGGACGUGUUCACGGACUACAUCUCCAUCGUCAUGCUGAUGAUCGCCGUCUUUGGGGGGACGCUGCAGGUCACCCAGGACAAGAUGAUCUGUCUGCCUUGUAAGUGGGUCACCAAGGACUCCUGCAAUGACUCCUUCCGAGGCUGGACCUCCGCCUACCCCAACUCCACAAUCCUGCCGACCCCCAGCACAGGCCCCACGGGCAUCAGGUACGACCUGGACCGACACCAGUACAACUACGUGGACGCCGUGUGCUACGAGAACCGUCUGCACUGGUUCGCCAAGUAUUUCCCCUACCUCGUGCUUCUGCACACGCUCAUCUUCCUGGCCUGCAGCAACUUCUGGUUCAAGUUCCCGCGCACCAGCUCCAAGCUGGAGCACUUUGUGUCCAUCCUGCUCAAGUGCUUCGACUCGCCCUGGACCACGCGGGCCCUGUCGGAGACGGUGGUGGAGGAGAGCGACCCCAAGCCGGCCUUCAGCAAGAUGAACGGCUCCAUGGACAAGAAGUCCUCCACAGUCAGCGAGGAUGUGGAGGCCACCGUGCCCAUGCUGCAGCGCACCAAGUCGCGGAUCGAGCAGGGCAUCGUGGACCGCUCAGAGACGGGCGUGCUGGACAAGAAGGAGGGGGAGCAGGCCAAGGCGCUGUUCGAGAAGGUGAAGAAAUUCCGCACCCACGUGGAGGAGGGGGACAUCGUGUACCGCCUGUACAUGCGGCAGACCAUCAUCAAAGUGAUCAAGUUCAUCCUCAUCAUCUGCUACACCGUCUACUACGUGCACAACAUCAAGUUCGACGUGGACUGCACCGUGGACAUCGAGAGUCUGACGGGUUACCGCACCUACCGGUGUGCCCACCCCCUGGCCACGCUCUUCAAGAUCCUGGCGUCCUUCUAUAUCAGCCUGGUCAUCUCCUAUGGCCUCAUCUGCGUGUACACGCUGUGGUGGAUGCUGCGGCGCUCGCUCAAGAAGUACUCGUUCGAGUCGAUCCGCGAGGAGAGCAGCUACAGCGACAUCCCCGACGUCAAGAACGACUUCGCCUUCAUGCUGCACCUCAUUGACCAGUACGACCCGCUCUACUCCAAGCGCUUCGCCGUCUUUCUGUCGGAGGUGAGUGAGAACAAGCUGCGGCAGCUGAACCUCAACAACGAGUGGACGCUGGACAAACUGCGGCAGCGGCUCACCAGGAGCGCGCAGGACCGGCUGGAGCUGCACCUGUUCAUGCUCAGCGGCAUCCCCGACACCGUGUUCGACCUGGUGGAGCUGGAGGUCCUGAAGCUGGAGCUCAUCCCCGACGUGACCAUCCCGCCCAGCAUCGCCCAGCUCACGGGCCUCAAGGAGCUGUGGCUGUACCACACAGCGGCCAAGAUCGAGGCUCCGGCCCUGGCCUUCCUGCGUGAGAACCUGCGGGCGCUGCACAUCAAGUUCACGGACAUCAAGGAGAUCCCGCUGUGGAUCUACAGCCUGAAGACGCUGGAGGAGCUGCACCUGACGGGCAACCUGAGCGCCGAGAACAACCGCUACAUCGUCAUCGAUGGGCUGCGCGAGCUCAAGCGCCUCAAGGUGCUGCGUCUCAAGAGCAACCUGAGCAAGCUGCCGCAGGUGGUGACGGACGUGGGCGUGCACCUGCAGAAGCUGUCCAUCAACAACGAGGGCACCAAGCUCAUCGUGCUCAACAGCCUCAAGAAGAUGGUGAACCUCACCGAGCUGGAGCUGAUCCGCUGUGACCUGGAGCGCAUCCCCCACUCCAUCUUCAGCCUCCACAACCUGCAGGAGAUCGACCUCAAGGACAACAACCUCAAGACCAUCGAGGAGAUCAUCAGCUUCCAGCACCUGCACCGCCUUACCUGCCUUAAGCUGUGGUACAACCACAUAGCCUACAUCCCCAUCCAGAUCGGCAACCUCACCAACCUCGAGCGCCUCUACCUGAACCGCAACAAGAUCGAGAAGAUCCCCACCCAGCUCUUCUACUGCCGCAAGCUGCGCUACCUGGACCUCAGCCACAACAACCUGACCUUCCUCCCUGCCGACAUCGGCCUCCUGCAGAACCUCCAGAACCUGGCUGUCACGGCCAAUCGGAUCGAGGCACUGCCCCCAGAGCUCUUCCAGUGCCGGAAGCUGCGGGCCCUGCACCUGGGCAACAACGUGCUGCAGUCGCUGCCCUCACGGGUGGGCGAGCUGACCAACCUGACGCAGAUCGAGCUGCGGGGCAACCGGCUGGAAGGCCUGCCGGUGGAGCUGGGCGAGUGCCCGCUGCUCAAGCGCAGCGGCUUGGUGGUGGAGGAGGACCUGUUCAGCACGCUGCCCCCCGAGGUGAAGGAGCGGCUCUGGAGGGCCGACAAGGAAACCUUGGGUGACACGGGACGUGUGUGA